UUUAUAUUAAUCUAUGUAUUUUCACAUUGUAGUCAUUGAAUUGCAAAAAAAUUGGAAAAACUUGCGAGACACAUACAAAAAAAAAUGUAUUACAAAGUCUGGCCAGGCAGCUAAUAAAAAAAAAAAAAUACGUAUUCUCGGAAAUUUUAGAGUUCUUGCGACCAACAAUGGAAAAUAGAAAAACAGAAGGAAAUUUUAACCACGAAAGUGACGAAGAGGAGACGGAGGACGAACAAGGCAACAAUUUGCAAACAGUGGAGGAGGAUUUAAUUGAAGGGAAUUGUGUCAAUGAUGAAAUCACUAAAUUUAAUUCAAAUCCUGUUUUGGAAACAUCAAUGACAUCUACAACAGUAAACAAAAAUGUAAAACCUAUGCCGAAACGUACGAAACCAUCAAAAAAAAUUAACUUUGAGGAUGAGUUACUAAAGUCUCUUAGGAGUGAAAAUGAAGCCACUGACCCAGACAAAUCAUUUCUAAUGUCCCUUUUGCCUCAAAUGAAAUCUAUCAGUGAGGAUAAAAAGCCAAUGCUCUACAUUGAAUUAAUAAAUGCUAUACAAAGAGUAAAAAAUAAUGAUAAUACAUCAAUGUAUCGUCAAGGAUAUAAUCAGAGCAAUUUUCCACUCGGAGGAUAUUCGCAGACAGUAUCUGGACCAACAAUGUACUCUCAACCUGCAGUAAUACAUUCUAGUCUUCCUACUUAUAAUCAUGAGUCACUGCAGCCAUCUUUUUCAGAUAGUUCCAUUAAUUUACAUUAA